GCAUGGAACUGGGAACUUUGCUUGCAUGGGAGGACCAUAGGCUACUCAUGGGCUCUGAAGUCUUCAAAGGAAGCAAGAGCAGAUAUUUUCAGCCAUUGCUGGUGCUGCCUCCUGAUACCACCAUCCUGACAGCCUGCUUUGGUUCCCAGCCAGUCACGCUAGCCUGUCUGGUGAUAAACACCUCCCCCGAUUCCCCUUCACACCCCUCUCUCCUCAUCUACAACCUGGUGGACAAGGCCUGGAAGACCAGCACUUUCCUGACCAAAUUCAAGGAGGGCGAACACCCUGUCGGACCUUUCCAUAUGCACUUCCUGAGCUCCGCUAUGGAUGCGCUGCUGCUGUGGAACGAUCACACCAUCAUCUACAGCUUCAGGAACGACAACGACUGGGGCGAGUUACUCCUCGCCAACGGCAGCAACGUGAACGUGGCUUCUGGGGGGGAAAAGAUACACCAGGUGAUCCUGGACCAGAGUUGGAACAUGCUGGUGAAAAUGGAGAACAACAUGCUCUAUUACUGUAAAGUGGGUAUGCCUGAGCUGGUGUCUUUACACGCCUGGAGAAAGCCGAACACAAGCAAUGUGAUCUACAUGGACCAGAAGGACCAGUUCACCCCAAUUGUCCAGACACCAGAUGGGAAACUGCACGAACAGAUGUACCCAUUACUUAUGGAAACUAAGAGCUCUAUGCACAUGACGCACCACAGCUGCCCUUUCAUCACCUUCAAGAACAGUAUGACUGCACUGGCAUACUACAUGGACAAAGGAGACACAAUUACAAUUUGGGCCCAGAUUGUCUAUACAGAGGGACAAGGGGUUCAUGUGAUGUUGCUGAACAACAAUAAGCAUUUGUUGAUCAUCUCCCAGAUGUCCCACUCUCAAAUGGCGCUAGAAGUCGGCACUAUUAACAUGACUAUCACGAUCAGUCAGAAAGUGGACUACGAAAAUGUCGAGAGAUACUCGGAUCUGAUUGAACAGACCAGUGGUGUUAUGACCUUGGAACUGCUUCCCAACCAGAUUGGCAACACUUGUACCCUGCUCGCUAACCGGGUAUCCCAUUUUCAUGUUGGCUGCCCACCAAAGAGACACAUCCGUGUUGCAAGGCCUUGGGGCAUGACUUGUGAGAUUAACACCCUCAGAAACUACACCAUUCCAAGAGAUGUACUGAGGAGCCACUCUAAGGAUUUUUUAGGAGAGGAUUUGAUGGUGGAAUACGACUGGGAGAAAUUUGGAUGUCUUCUCAAACUACACUACAGUACUGAAUUUAAUCCCCACUUAGACCUGUACGAUGGGAAUACUUUCAUCAAGAGUGUGGAUGCCAACUACAUUAUCUGGGAGAUAUUUGGACGGAAUGACUAUUCCUUCAAUACGACCAUGCAACAGAUAAAUUGUCUGUCUGAGGCCCAGACCUGGACGUCCAAGCUGACUGAGGGCAAGAGUCUGGAGACAGCCUGGGGCCCUGAGAACUACCGGAGCUGUUUCACGGUGGUGCCUGAAAAGCUGGGAGACCUGGACCAGCCUUACGAGAUCCUGAACCGGAGUUCUGGGAACUACCUGACCUUCUCACAAGUGGACAGUGCCAUCUAUGUGUUCCGUGUGAAAAUAUUGGACCCCAAUUACAGCUUCUGUGAUCUGACUGCUGUGUUCGCUGUCCAGACCUUUGGCAUUAGCCGUCCGAAGUAUGAGUAUCUCACUGUGUAUGUGGCUUUGAUUUUCGCCUUCCUCUCUCUCUGCAUACUGGGCUACAGUUACUGUCGAUAUGUCAAAAUCUUCCGUAAAGUCCUUGCUGCUAGAAAGAUGAAAGACGAAUAAGUAAUGCAUAUAUUAUAAUAUAUGCAUUUCAUAUAAAGAUUAGUUCCAAGUUUUUUUCUUUGAUGCAGUUGCACUUUCAGAUUCCUUGUAGUUGAAUAAAAAUGUAUUUUCAUGCA